UGUCACUUUGACAACGAAAGCUAUCCAUCAACCAAUAACAAUAAUAACAAGAACAGCAAGAAGAUAAUUUUCAAUCAUGAAGAUGGCUGACGGUUCCACAAUUUUGCGACGAAACAGACCCGGAACAAAGGCAAAGGACUUUUCCAACUGGGCCGAUGAAGUGUUCGAGGAGAUGGAUAGCACGCUUGCCGUGCAGCAGUACAUCCAGCAGAUGAUCAAGAAGGACCCGUCGAAUGUGGACCAAAUUCUAACGAUGCCAGACGGGCAGGACGAGGGUGUGUGGAAGUACGAGCACCUGAGACAAUUUUGCAUGGAAUUGAACGGGCUCGCGGUGCGGCUACAGACGCAGUGCUUUCCGGCCACCUGCACCCAGAUGACCGCCACCGAGCAGUGGAUUUUCCUGUGUGCGGCACACAAAACGCCCAAAGAGUGUCCGGCCAUCGAUUACACCCGACACACGCUCGAUGGUGCUGCAUGCUUGUUGAAUAGUAAUAAGUAUUUCCCCAGCAGGGUGUCCAUCAAAGAUUCGUCGGUAGCGAAGCUAGGUUCGGUGUGUCGCCGGGUGUAUCGAAUUUUCUCGCACGCCUACUUCCACCAUCGGCGAAUAUUCAACGAGUUCGAGGACGAGACAUCGCUCUGUCUCCGGUUUACCAACUUCGUCACGAAGUACACGCUCAUGUCGAAGGAAAAUCUGAUCGUUCCCAUUCCGGAAUGUGAGCUGACGCCCGGCGAAAGUGAAGCCUAAACCUGCAACUCGGCUAACGCCAAGGGCGCGCAGUGAGCGCGUGUGUCAGUGUAGUGUCAUUGUUCGUCAUUUUUUGAAUGCGACUAUUCGAUGUGAACAAACCAGCAGUAGCUAUCACAACCUUCUCUCCGCACACGGCGAUUCUCAACGGCCGUCGAUCGUCGUCGCACACUCCCUGCACGGUGGGGUUCGGUAGAUCGGAGCCACAGCAAACGGGGGUGGGGAACAGUAUUUGUUUAACAUAGCGAAACCAACCAACUGUGCGCGGCCGCCACACGAGGGAUUGCAACAAUCUUUUUAGUAAUCGUAUUUCCGUGUUGUAGAAUCCAUACUAUAUAGUUCCCGACUCUACACGUGUGUGUGUGUGUGCGUGCGUGCUACAUGAAGCAAAAGAAAAACGGAAUCCGGACGGCUAGAAAGGCUAGACGUGUGUUGUACGGCGGUGGUGGUAGUUGAUCAUGUGUGCGAAUAUAUAAUGAACAAAACAAAAACAAAUCCCAGCAACAACUUUAUAGCAAAGGAUAUUAAAAACAAAACAAAAGCAAAACAUUUACAUAAAGGAACACUCAUAAUGUAAUGAACAUACCUAUACAUAUGAUACGUGUAUAAAUAGUGAAGCUAUUAUUUAAUUGAACAAAUUCACAACAAGAAAACACAUACACACAGACAAACAGACACAAUAAUAGGUGCGCGCAGUAUGGAGGAACACAGAUAGCGGACACUAUGUAAGCGUUUCCGGAAGAGGAAAGGGAACACGCGAACCAAAAGCAUCGUACCGAUUAGCGAAGCGAAUCUUAACAAAGCAUAUAACCGUCAAAUGCCACGGUUUUACUUUCCUUGCGAGAUUGAAGUUAGCGAGCGUUAAAGCAUACCGAUCGAUCCUCAUGUUCAAAGCAAUAAUGAAAGCCACACUCGGUACGAAAGGGAAGAGGGACGAGUUUUGACGAAGCGUUUCAACAAACAAAACAAAACAUAUAAUGCUACUCAAUGGACAAAUGGGCAAAAAAGGGGUGCACGUUUCGCAUUACCACCACCACGUGUGAAGGAUCCGGGUAAGGAUUUGAAGGAUUUUUUGGAUUUUUGUUUGACAAUCGAAUUUCAUUAAUUUUAACCUCAGCUUACACUUGCUCUCGAACGAAUUACUUUUACACGCCAUUUCGAUACGCAUUUCCCCAAACCAUCACACCUCCGAGAUUCAUGUAAGGAGAAGGAGUUCGAGACAACUCGCAACAACAGUCAUUCAUUCACGUAUGCCAAUAGGGAAACUGUCCACCACAGUGCUACGUCAGCGUCGUCAAGAAUCAUCAAGCGAAAUCAUAGCCAGAGCGUCAGAAUGACCGCGAAACAUUGCAGCGUAGGAACGGCAUACAGAACUCGUUAAUCAAUGCAAAACUACUACGGUAAAGCGAAAUAUUCAAACAAAACAAGAAGAAGGAAAACCAACGUUUAAAUAAAGCUCUAUACAAUUACACGAAAGGAAGUACAGUACGUGAA